UACUCUUCUGUGUACAGAAAAGAGACUUGGGCUUCAACCGUCAAGUGCCGCCUGAAGAGUAACCUAUCUAGUGUACAGCUAACAGUGGCUAGAAAAAAGGAUCUGGUGGAGAAAAGAAAAGAAAAUCUCUGCUUGCUGCUUUGACCAAACAAGAGAUGCGGAGGAGUCGCAUAAAGGAAAAGAAAAGAAAGGAAAAGAGCGUCUACGGUCGUCGGAUUCGUGCUAUCCGAAUCUGGAGGAAAUAUCUCCUAAUCACCUCAAUCUCGAUCUGACGGUGGCCACUGGAAAAGCGCGGAUCGGACGGUGGCCAUGGAAAAGCGAAUCAAAAAUAUCCGGGGGAGCGGUCCACGUGGACGUUCAUCCCGAUCUGCGCUUUUCUGCCCUUUAUUCCCAUUUCCGCCAUUAAAUUAUCUUCUUCCACUCCACCUCCCCACCAGCUAGCUCACAGCUCAGCAUCUCCUAUUAUCCUCUCCCCCACCCAAAAAAAAGAAAAAUCUAUCUCUCUCUCACACAGACACACCGCCGGGCGCCGGCCGCCGUCUGCUGCAUCCGCAGGCUGGAGAUCCGAUUGAGCCGCCUCCGAUGGUUUCUUUCUUGACAGGCUAGGAUUAAUUCGGGGCUGGAUUAAGCGAUAGCAAGUGAAGAUCGAAGCGAUUGGGUUAGGUGGGGAUGGGGGAGGAGGCGCCCGACGACUACGAGCUGGACCUGCUGGGCGCCGGCGAGGCAGAGCGGGUGAUGGAGUGGGACGCGGGCCUCCCGGGCGCCGACGAGCUCACCCUGCUCUCGCAGCCGCUGGUCCCGCCGGGGCUGGCCGCCGCGUUCCGCAUCCCGCCGGAGCCGGGGCGCACGCUGCUGGACGUGCACCGCGCGUCGGCGGAGACGGUGUCCCGGCUGCGGCGCGCGAGCUCGUCGUCGUUCCCGCCCUUCCAGGCGGGAGCGAGGGCGGACGAGGUGGAGUCGUCCGCGGCGACGAAGCGGCCGCGGCUGGUGUGGACGCCGCAGCUGCACAAGCGGUUCGUGGACGUGGUAGCGCACCUGGGGAUCAAGAAGGCGGUGCCCAAGACGAUCAUGCAGCUGAUGAACGUGGAGGGGCUGACGCGGGAGAACGUGGCGAGCCACCUGCAGAAGUACCGGCUGUACGUGAAGCGGAUGCAGGGGCUCUCCAACGAGGGGCCGUCCCCCUCCGACCACAUCUUCGCCUCCACGCCCGUGCCCCACAGCCUGGUGCACGAGGUGCCCGUGCGCACGCCCUACGCCGGCGGCGCGCCCAUGUACCGCCACGCCCCCAUGGCCGUGGCCGUGGGGAUGAACAACGGCCACCGUCACAACGGGUACGGGCACGUCUCCUCCUACCACCAGCAGCCGCACCACGGCCACGGCGACAAAUAAUGAUACCAAACACCAAACAUGUUUUUUUGAUCCAUGAACCCAAUCCAUGGAGGAAAUCGGUUGAUCGAUCGAUCCAUCGAGCAUGUUGUUGUCGUUGAAACGAAUUGAAUUGAGUUGGGGCUAAUUCGUCA